AUGCAUAUCUUAGUUGUCAACGACGACGGCCCGCCGUCCAACCAGUCCUCGCCGUACAUUCAUUCUUUCGUCCAAUCGUUGCAGUCUGCCGGGCACAUUGUGUCUGUAGUUCUCCCCCACCAGCAGCGAUCAUGGAUCGGUAAAGCUCACCUGAUCGGGGCCGCCGUGAAGCCAACCUACUUCCGUCCGGGUACCCUGCACAAAGACGAUGGAACCACACACGAAUUCCCUCAUGGCAUGAAUGAGGGCGACGAUGACAGCUACGAUGGAGAUGAAUGGAUUCUUGUGGAUUCUACACCGGCCAGCUGUGUCCAGAUCGGCCUGUACCACUACUUUCAAGACCGUGGCCCGAUUGACCUCGUGGUGUCCGGUCCGAACUACGGCCGGAACUCCACUGCUCUCUUCGCCCUGUCGAGUGGAACCAUUGGUGGUGCUAUGGAGGCGGCGGUUUGCGGUAAGCCCGCCAUCGCACUGUCAUAUGCCUUCAGCUCCAGAGACCAUGAUCCCGUUGUCAUCGCGGAGGCAUCGCGCCAUUCCGUUCGGUUAAUCGAGUACCUUCACAAGAACUGGGCUGACGGUGUGGACCUAUAUACCGUCAAUGUCCCGCUGGAGCCUGGUGUGAGUCAGAACAAGGUGCUGUACACCAACAUGCUCGAUAACCGCUGGUCAUCGGGCAGCUGUUUCCGCGCGGUCGACGCCUCGGCCUCAGCCAAUUCGCCUGAGAAGCAGGAGCACGAUGUGCGACACCAGACUGUGGGCUCGGGAGAGAAGUCGGCACCGGCUGUGGAUGGCACGACUCCGUUGAAGCGGUCUCGCAUUCAACACAAGCACUUCGAAUGGGCACCGAACUUCUCGGACGUGUAUAGAAGUGUGGAGGAGGGUGCUCCAGGAAACGACGGCUGGGCUGUCAAGGAGGGAAUGACCAGUGUUACGCCGCUUCGAGCCAAUUUCAUGCAUACACCUGGAAUUCAAGGAGAGAUUACGCUUUUAUGCAUCUCGCGCUCUGCUGUUUGCCCCUUCGACUGCUCUUUUUGCUACUUACUUUAUCUCGAUUCCAUCUCAUGUAGACCGGAUAAUAACACUGAGCCUACAUUUUAUUCUCUCGUCGACAGCGACGACUCCUAUGUCCAGAGUCUGAUGGAGCGGGCGCUCCAGCGUCGUCUUGGCAAUGGCCAAUGUCGUGCCAUCUCAUCUCUCUCCGACCUCCCCUCUCGCACUACACCUAUCUUCCAGUACCGUGAAUACGAGCGGCUGGACUUUGAGCACACCAUGAUGCACACCUCCACCUCUCUCGCCAACGCCUACAUCAUCCGCAAAGCCCUCAUCCGCAAACACUACCUGUCCAACACCGUCAUCAACUGGGUCACCAAACAUCCCGACAGCGUCCUGGGCAAGCACUUCAAGCCCGGCUUCGACUUCGAGCUCGACUACGCCGAGUUCCUCGACGACGCUCUCCUAGAGGCCUACGAGCUGCGCGAGAGCCUCGCAAAGAACGAAACCCUCCCCGACGAAGAGAAAGAAUGGUGGAUUCUCAAACCCGGCAUGAGCGACCGCGGCCAAGGCAUCCGCCUCUUCAACAGCGAAGAUGGCCUGCGCGAGAUCUUCGAAGAAUGGGAAGUGCCCGACUCCGACGAUGAAAGCGGCUCCGAGCGUCCUGAACCCGAAGACAACGAUGAAGACGACGACAACCACGGUGUCGUAACCUCCCAACUCCGCCAUUUCAUCGCCCAACCCUACAUCGACCCCCCACUCCUCAUCCCCUCCUCCCACAACCGCAAAUUUCACAUCCGCACCUACGUCCUCGCCGUUGGCUCCCUUAAGAUCUACGUCUUCAAGGAAAUGCUCGCCCUCUUCGCCGCCAAACCCUACUGCCCUCCCUUCGAAGACGAAGACGAAGUCACUGACCUCGCCCGCCACCUCACCAACACCUGUUUCCAGGAAAAUGGCCGUGCCAAUCCGGACAGCGUCCGCCGCUUCUGGAGCCUCGAGGACUACGUCCCCGGUCUCAGCGAUACAUGGAAACAGAAUGUAUUUGAUCAGAUUUGCGCCGUGUCAGGAGAGAUCUUUGAGGCUGCGGCUAGGGGCAUGAUGGUGCAUUUCCAGACUCUGCCGAAUGCGUUCGAACUCUUUGGCGUGGACUUUUUGGUCGAUAAGAAGGGUAAUGCCUGGUUGUUGGAAUUGAAUGCCUAUCCGGAUUUCGCCCAGACUGGCGAGGAUCUUAAGGAGUUGGUUGUUGGGAAGUUGUUUGAGGAGACAGUCGAUGUGGCUGUUAAGCCAUUCUUUGGGUUGCAAGAGGAUGGAGAGGAUAUGGGUAAGGGGACGGAGAUGUUGAAACUGGUUAGGGAUGUGGACUUGGGGAGGAAGGCUUGA